GCCUGAACUUUCCUCACUGGAGGCCGGGCGUCACUCUGCUCCGUGGACCUCCUCCGCUCCGGUCACGGUGCUGCAGACUCAAGCACAACCAGGACUGCUCCGAAGCCCCUCUAGAACACGAGCAAUGGCUUGGCUGGAGCAAGCGUGGCUCGUCUGCGCCUCUUUCCUCGCAAUGGUGGCGUCAGCUCAGAGCUUAACGCGAGGAGACUUUUUCCCGUUCGGUCCGAGCGCUGGAGAUCAACAGUUGGACGCGGGCGAUGACCUCACGCACAGACUUGAACUGGAAAAGCCUGUGCUCUUUUAUGAUGGCACUUUUAACAGCAUCUUUAUCAACACCAACGGCUUCAUCGCCACUGCACAGCCCAAAACCGAGUCGACCUACCUUGGCAAAAUGCCCGCUCCCUUCGGAAUGAUCGCGGCUCUGCACGGAGAUCUUGACACAAGCGAUGCAGAGGAGAACGUUUUCUUCCGUGAAGACAGCAGCCCGGAUAUGCUGCGUCGGGCUGCGGAGCACAUCAACAGAGCCUUCCCGGAAGACCAAGAAGUCAGUCCCACCCACGUGGUGGUCAUCACCUGGAUAGACGUCGCCCAAAAGGAGACUGAAAGCACCGGCGAGAAGAAAAAAAACACCUUUCAACUGGCCAUUGCAUCAGUGGGGUCUUCUUCAUAUGCUAUAAUGCUAUAUCCCAGAGAUGGGAUACAGUAUACAAAUACUCCCGUAGGGGAGACUAGCGUCAUCCUGCACGCUGGCUUCAGUCAAGGCCUGGUUCAAGGUUUCCUGUUUUCCAGUCAGGGCCCAUACUACCGCACCACCAAUGACGAAGACGCAUCCAUCAGCGCUUUAGCCGAGCAGACCAACUCAGGACUCAGGGGGGUUUGGGUGUAUGAGAUUGGAACGUCGCCUUAUUUUACUAAUGUGGCUCCAGGAGAGGUGAGCGAGCUCCCCACUGAGGCAACAUUGUCCCAUUCCACCGUCGACAUAGAAGAAGCCCCUGAUUCCAGGGGCGUUGUGUAUACGAAUGGACAGCAAGAGGUUUACCCUCCUGUUGAACCAGAAGAGGGACAGAUCCAGGUAGAACCCGUUCAAUACCAGCCCCACCGACCCGACAAUUCAGAAGUGCUGGUGGUGGAGGACACGGAUAUAAAUGUCGAUGUGUUUGCGUACAACCUUGGCACAUGCGCAAAUAACAGACAAAAGUGUUCCCAAUUUGGUGACUGCAAGGACCACUCCAGUGGAUAUUGCUGUCACUGCAGGCCCGGUUUCUAUGGCAACGGGAUACAGUGCGUGGCAGAGGGAAAACCUCAGCGGAUGAACGGUAAAGUACAUGGCCAGGUGUACGUGGGCAACUCUCCCACUCCGGAGCGCUUCAACAGCAACGAUCUGCACUCGUACGUGGUGGUGAACGACGGACGCUCUUAUGUGGCCAUCAGUGACAUCCCUCAGAGCCUCGGACCCUCGCUGAUGCCCCUGUCAGCGCUGGGCGGUGUGAUCGGGUGGGCUUUUGCUCUUGAGCAGCCCGGCUUCAAGAACGGCUUCAGCAUUAUCGGAGGAGUUUUCACUCGGCAGGCUGAGGUCACCUUUCUACCCGGGAAUGAAAAGCUGACAAUCAGGCAGGAGUUUAAAGGCAUCGAUGAACACGACCACCUUGCGGUGAGCACAACCCUGGAGGGUCGAGUUCCUGAGGUGCCUCGCGACGCCACCGUUCAGGUGGAGUCCUACUCUGAGAUCUACCAGUACAGCAGCAACUUAAUCACCUCAUCCUCCACGCGGAAGUACGUGGUCAACUUGCCCGAUGGAACCAAGGACGAGACGAGGACGUAUCAGUGGCGUCAGACCAUUUCCUUCCAAGGUUGUCAGCAUGAUGAGUCCACGAGAGACAUGCGACCCACGCAGAUGCUCAACGUGGACCAGGUCUUUGUCAUGUACGACUCCAAAAAUGAACUCAUCCGCUUCGCCAUGAGCAACAAAAUCGGAAACAUCAACGGAGGACAACCAGAAGAGAAUCCAUGUUUCACCGGAAGACACGGAUGCGACACCAAUGCGGUUUGUCGACCUGGAGAGGGGACCAAGUUCACAUGCCAGUGCGCCUCUGGCUUCACUGGUGACGGACGCACGUGUUACGACAUUGAUGAGUGCAGAGAGAAUUCUGAGAUUUGUGGCUCACAUGCUAUUUGCAACAACCAGCCUGGAACCUUCCGCUGUGAAUGUCUCGAUGGGUAUCAAUUUGCCAGCGAUGGGCAGACAUGUGUUGCUGUGAAUCGACCCACGGACGCGUGUGAAGAAGGUACUCAUACCUGCGACGUUCCUGAGCGUGCUCAAUGCAGCUACACUGGAGGUUCCUCCUACAUCUGCUCCUGCCUGCCCGGGUUCACAGGAGAUGGAAGAGUCUGCCAAGACAUAGACGAGUGCCAGCCGGGCAGGUGCCACCAGGACGCCCUGUGCUACAACACCCAGGGAUCCUUCACCUGCCAGUGUAGGCCGGGUUACUACGGCGAUGGCUUUUAUUGCUCCCCAGAGCGGACAAAAACGCAAUGUGAGAGCCACAGAGACAGUCUUCUUGGUGUGACUGAGUUUGGCCCCCGUGGUCCGCGACCUCCUGUUGGGCAGUACAUCCCCACGUGUGAUGAGAACGGCAACUAUGAAUCCAUGCAGUGCCAUGGCAGCACAGGGCACUGCUGGUGUGUGGACCGCAACGGACAGGAGAUCCCAGGGACACGCUCAGGUCCUGGUGGUCGACCCAUGUGUAUUGACCAUGGUGGGGUGAGACCACCCAUUGGCCCCACCCCUCGACCUGACAUCUACCCCCUGCCGCCUGGCACACAUCUGCUGUACGCACAGAGCGGCAGGAUUGAGCACGUCCCCCUUGAAGGUUACGAUAUGAAGAAAGAAGACGCCAAGACUGUCCUCCAUCUACCUGAGAAAGUAGUUAUUGGAGUGGCCUACGACUGCGUGGACAAGAUGAUCUACUGGACCGAGAUCACGUCUCCAUCAAUCAGCAAGGCCAGCAUUCAGGGGGGAGAGCCUGUGACGAUCAUUAGAUCAGACCUGCAGAGUCCAGAAGGGAUUGCAAUCGACCACCUGGGACGAAAUAUGUUCUGGACUGAUUCUGUGGCGGACCGCAUCGAGGUGGCCUCGCUUGACGGCUCCCAACGACGUGUCAUUGUAGACUCCGGUCUCGUCAACCCCCGUGCUAUUAUCGUGGACCCACCCAAUGGUAAUCUGUACUGGGCCGAUUGGAACCGAGACGCUCCCAAGAUUGAAACCUCUUACAUGGACGGUGCCAACAGACGGGUGCUUAUUAAAGACGAUCUGGGCCUGCCGAACGGCUUGACCUACGACGCCCAGAGUUCUCUGCUGUGUUGGGUGGAUGCAGGCACACAUAAAGUGGAGUGUACCAACCCAGGCCGAGGAGACCGUAGACAGAUCUUGGAGGGCCUUCAGUACCCUUUUGGAGUCACUUCCUUUGGGAAGAACAUCUACUACACAGAUUGGCGAAGGGACGCUGUGGUCACAGUGGACCGCUAUACGGGCAGGGAGUCUGACGAGUUCCAGCCUCAGAAACGCUCCAAGCUAUAUGGGAUCACCACAGCCUACGCCCAAUGUCCUUCAGGACAAAACUACUGUGCGGUGAACAACGGCGGCUGUACACACCUCUGCUUAUCAACACCCAACGGUCGCUCCUGCAAGUGUCCCGACAAUGCAGUCGGCGUGGGCUGCGUUGAGAGAAACGGCGAGUAUUGAGCAAAAUAGAAGCCACUCGGCGUUACUGUGAUGUAACCGCUGAAAAUGCCACUGAGGUGAAUUUACUGUGCCUUUUAUUGCUCAUUGCUAUUCUUAUCUGCAUUUUUACAUUAUAAAAUCCCAACAGAAUUGUAAAUAUGGACACUAUUAUGUUGACAUUGUUUUCCCGAGUGCACAUAAACUGAGAAUAAAACUCAAGGGAUUAGUAAUUUAAUGUGAAAUACGUUAUAGUAACACAUGACACUAUUUCCUGUUGGUUUGGGCUUGUUUCUAUUAGUAAUAUUGUCAGAUAUGAUUGAAGUUCCUGUUCAAGCUUUGUGGGAUGAGUUUACAUGGUGGGCAGAAAAAAAUAAAAAGGUUUUUCUAACAAA